AUGUUUACUAAUAAACCGCGGCUACAGUUGCGUGUGGUGAAGGCGUUCCGUUCCACGUUGGACGAGUUCGACGAACGUCGUUCCACAACAAGUUCUCAGUCAUUCCAAUCGAUGCGUGGUCUAACCGGUCACCUCCAACGUCUCUCCAACGGCCCAACCCACUUACAAGACGGUCUGGUGGGGUUUAACCGCCGCACCUCCAACAUAUACAUUCAUACUGGAGGGCAUAAGUCAGUGAGUAAAGAGAACUCGACCGGUCAACAACCACCGAACGGCAGCACGCCUAAGGCGGAUUCCGGGUACGGUGAGAAUGGCCGAUACGGUGCUUGUCCUAUUACACAGCCACCAAUGAGUCCUACCACGGCUACGCAAAACAUGGUGGCGUAUAUGCCGGCCGACAAGGUGGAGAAGAUACCAUUAGUACAACAAUGGAGCCCAUCAAGUGGGGCUAGGUCGAGUGUCAGUCGGCAUAUGGGCAAAUCAAUGUCUUUGGAUACACCGGUCUCUAUCGCUCAUGUGUAG